GGGGAGUAGAAGCGGCGAGUGAAGCGAGGGAAAAAAAGGGUCGCUGUUCUUUCUCGUCUCCGACCUCUCCCGAUCACGAGAGGGGAGCGAGGGGAAUCGCUCGGCUUUCAGUAGCAAAGAUUCCUCUAGUUUUUCGAAGUAGCAGAAAGCAUCAUCUCGAGGAGGAGGAGGAGGAGGAGGAAGAGGAAGAGGAAGCAGUGAAGGUGGGGGAUAUAGGAUGUUCAAGUUGCAUCGCCACAGGUCUGAACGAUUCGGGGAGAAAGUCGAGUUUAAGCUCUCCAAUCUGCAGGCUACCAAGGUUCCUAAAGUAUGGGACAGACUUUUUCUUUCUAUUGUAUCGGUGGAGACUGGAAAAACAAUUAGUAAAACUAGCAAAGCUACAGUGAGAAAUGGGAACUGUCAGUGGACUGAUGCAGAGUCCAUAUGGGUGUCCCAAGAUAAUACAUCAAAAGAGCUUGAAGAAAGCCAUUUUAAGAUUGUUGUUUCACCGGCUUCUGCUAGAUCUGUGAUCAUUGGUGAGGUUACCUUAAAUCUAGCAGAUUAUAUAAGUGCAGGUGAUGCUGCCCCUGUCUUCCUUCCUUUGAAGAAUUGUGAUUCUGGGACAACUUUACAAGUCAAGGUUCAGUGUUUUUCCCCAAAAUCAAAAUUCAGAGUUGGGAAAUCUUUUAAAAAAGCUUCUCAUGUUGAAGAUCAGAAUAAUAACGAUGAGCUGGAUGGCAAGUCUGAUGGUUCUUCAAACAAUCAGUUGAGCAACACCUACCCAGACGAAUAUGGAAAUAGGGACACAAGCUUCUCGGCAUCAGGCUCACACCGUAGUUCUGAUUCAGUUGAUAGCUUGGGCAGGACAUACUUUUCUCCCAAAAAAAGCUCAAAUGGGGUGCAGUACAUUGGAAGACAAGAUUCAUCUGGCUGCCAAAAUGCAAAUUAUGGCACAGUUCGUGCAGACGAACAUCUAAGAUCAUAUCAAUCUUCUUUCAACUCUAGGACCUCAGGCUCCUCGGUUCAUACUAAUCAAUGGGAAGAUACCGCUGCACAAGCUUCUGGAAGUGGAGUGAGGAUGCCUUCAUUAAGGCCGUCUGAUUCUUCAAAGGAUCUUCUUGAAGCUGCUGAAGAGAUAGAGGAACUCCGUGAUGAGGUUAAGAUGUGGGAAAGGCAUUCUCGGCAACUGAAACUUGAUAUUCAGAGUUUAAAGAAAGAAAUUUCUGAAAAAUCUAAGAAUGAGGCAAAGCUGGAUGAACAGAUUUUUGCUGCAAACACAGAACAUGACUCUUUAAAGCUUGAAGUUGAGCAACUAAAAGCAGCAUUAGAGGAGUCACUAUCUGAACAAAGAGAUAGUGUGCAAAAGGAACUGGAGGAGGAGUUGAAGUUUCAGAAAGAAUCCAAUGGCAACUUAGCUCGACAGUUGAAACAAACCCAAGAAUCAAAUAUUGAGCUUGUCACAAUACUUCAAGAACUGGAAGGGAUCACAGAGAAGCAGAGACUGGAGAUAGCUAACCUUUCGCAACGGAGCAGUCCAAAUGGACAAGAGGUAGAAGAUAGGAAUUGUAAGUCUUUGGAUGAGCAAAUGCUAUCUAGUAGAAGUAGUUCUGGUCUAGAAAGGGAAGUUGAGUCUCUCAGAAACAAAGUACAGGAAUUGGAGAGGGAUUGUGCUGAGCUAACAGCAGAAAAUCUUGAUUUGUUAUACAAGUUAAAGAAGUUAAGCAAGGAUGCUGAAAAAGGAGGUCCAUCCCAUGAUUUUAUGUCUGAAAGGUCUCAUUAUCAAAUUUCAACUAACAAGUGUGAAUAUGAAAUUGUCUUCCUUAAAUCUCGAAUCUGUGAACUUGAGGAUGAGCUUAAAAGGAAAGAAGUGACAACUGCAACUUUGUCAACUAAAUUCGAGGACCUUGAAAAAGCUUCUGCUGAUCUUGCAAUAGAACUGCAGCAUUAUAAGGAUGAAACGAGUGGCCUUGAGGCAAAGCUCCGCGAAAUGCACAAGGAAAUUAGGGAGAAAAACUUGGAACUGCCCAAUAUGCAUCAAAAACUUAAACUAGAUCUCGAAAAUGACUUGGAAGGUUUUGAUGCUGUUUCUAUGAGAGUGUCAGACAAAGUUGAGCCAUUCAGCUUGUCAGAUAUGCACGAUGUUACCGAGGAUAAUUAUGUUGCAGAUAAUGAUUAUGCUGGUGAUCGUAAUGUUUCCCCUGUGAGCACAGGUCUUCUCAGUCAGAAGAAGAGUCGUCAUGUAGUGGAUGAUAUUUCUAGAAGUUUUUAUGAGUUUGAGCAACUUAUUUCCAGCCUUCAUAAAGAGAAACGUCAACUGGAGGAAGAUUUGGCAUCUCAAAGAAAACAAAAUGAUGAAAUGUCUAAAAUUUUGGAAGAUGUGCAGAAUGAUUUAAAAGAGAUUACUGGUAGCAUGGAAUUUCAUGUUUCUGCUAAUAAGAAACUUGAGAAAAAAACAACGGGACUUGAAAGUUGCAAAAAAGAACUAGAGUUGCAAAUCUCUGAGUUUGAACAAGAAAAUAUCAAUUUGUCUGAACGUGUAUCUGGCUUAGAAGCCCAACUAAGAUAUAUAACAAAUGAUAAAGAAUCCAAAAGAUUGGAACUAGAAGAUACCCGAUCACUUCUAGCAGAUUUGAAGUAUGAAGUUGAAAAACAUAAGGGUGAAAAUGAAGUGCAGAAAUCAGAACUUAAAGAAAAACUACUGAAGACACAAAAGCAGUUAUCAGAAGCACUAGAAGAGUCGGAUGUUUUGAGGAGAUCAAAUUCAAAACUGCAAGCAACAAUUGAGAGUCUCAAUGAAGACUGCACCUCUCUUCAGAAACUAACAGGAGACCUGAAGCGACAGAAAGUGGAGUUGCAUGAGCAUGUUACACAGCUUGAAGUUGAAUUGCAUGAAACAAGAAACAAGAAUCUUGAUUUUCAUGAGCAAGUUGAUAUUUUAGAAUUGAAACUUUCUUCGCUACAAAAGGAAAUUGUAUCUAAGGAGAAGUUGCUGCUUUCACAACUUGAGCAAAAUUUUCAAGAUGUCAAGGAACAUGAAGAAAGAAUAGGGAAGGCACAUAUUCUGUUGAAUAAGAUUGAAAAAGAGAAAACGGUUGAAGUUAAGAACUUCGAGAAAGAGAUAGCUGACCUUACUGCACAAAUGACAUCAAGUCAGGAUGAAAAAGCAAAACUAGCACUAGCUGCAGUUCAUGAAGCUUCAGUUCUGCGAUCAGAUAAGUCUAAGCUUGAAUGUAACCUGCAGGAAAUGAGUUCAAAAGCUAAGAUGUAUGAGGGUGAUUUACAAAAACUGCAGAAAGAGUCUAAGGAUAAGAUUCAAGGGUUAGUCGAUUUGCAUAAUGCUUCCAAACAGAGCGAGGAAAUGUUAAUGGCUGAUAUUGAGCAUAUGAAACGAGUGAUGGAGGGUGUCAAAUCUAGUGAAGAGAAACAUAGGAAAAUGGUGAGUGCUUUAGAGUUGAAGCAUAAAGCUUCAGACUAUGAAAAACAAGAAUUAGUGGAAGAAAUUUCUUGGUUAAAAGUUCAGUUGCAGAAAUUCUCUCAUCUUCAAAAUACAAUGUUGGACCUUAAAAACUCUCUUGAUGAAACAAAUUGUGAAAAGCAAAAACUAGAAGAGAUAUUGAAGUCAUUAUCAGAAGAACAUGAAAAUUUGAUGUCAGAGAAAUCUUCUUUGACUGAAAAGCUUUCCAACAUGCAGAGGGCUUUAUGUGAUGCUGAAGAUGAUAGGUGCAGUAGGAUAGCCUUGCAAGAAAAACUUUUGAGGAUGGAAAAUGACCUAUCAGUAAAAGAAGCAUCAUGUGCAUUUGAAGUGGAAUUGAAGAAUGAACUUAAUCGAGUAAAGCGAACAAACAGUGAGUAUCAAAGAAAGCUUCAAAAUCUUGAGCAGGAGAAUGUUGAUUUGAUGAAGAAAGUGCAAUCCAUGGAGACUAAAAUGUUGAGAAGAUUGUCUCAGGAUCAAGAAAUGAAUAGCCAGGAGAAAAAGGUUUCAAAUUUCCAUAUUGAAGAUUCAUGCAUCAGCAAUGAAGUUGAUCAUCACUCAGAUACCCUUUCACUUGGGUCAGGACAAACUGAGUUUUUGGAGAGAAAUAACAUGUACAAAGAGGAAUUUGGAAGAGUCAUCUCUCAGAAUCAGUCUAAUGACAUUGAAGCUCUCAAGAAGGUCAUCAACGACAACUCAGAAACAAUCUCUUCGUUAGAAUUGGAGCUAAGAGACAUGAAAGAGCGGUACCUUCAUAUGAGCCUCCAGUAUGCGGAAGUCGAGGCUCAGCGUGGGCAACUGGUAAUGCAGCUCAAAUCUGUGAAAAAGGAGAAAAGUUGGUUUUCAUGAACUCUGCUCAUAUGACCUCUUCUUCCCCUCUUUGCUGUGGCACUUAUUUUUUUUGAUUGCCAUAUUUGGUCGUGAGGUAAAAAAAUAUAUAUAGAACAUGCUGCUGUAAAUCCAUGCUUGUAGAUUUCAUGAGUGGCUGUCUUGCUAAAUAAUCUUAAGUGAAUCUUAUUGAAUCCAAAAUGUAUAUAUUCAGAUGGUAUAAUGUUAUAAAUUGACCAUCACUCACUCCCAAGUAAACAUGUGUUUCUAUUUC